AUGUCUUCCUACGCCUUGUCCGAGUCCCACAAGGACCAAAUGCACAACUCCUUGAAGGAGUCUGACCCCGAGGUCGCUGAGAUCAUGGCCAAGGAGAUUCAGCGUCAGCGCGAGUCUGUCGUCCUGAUUGCCUCUGAGAACUUCACCUCUCGUGCCGUCUUCGAUGCCCUGGGCUCGCCCAUGUGCAACAAGUACUCCGAGGGAUACCCCGGUGCCCGUUACUACGGUGGUAACCAGCACAUUGAUGCCAUUGAGAUCACCUGCCAGCAGCGUGCCCUCAAGGCCUUCAACUUGGAUCCUGCCAAGUGGGGUGUGAACGUGCAGUGCCUCAGUGGCAGCCCUGCCAACUUGCAGGUCUACCAGGCGCUUAUGCGCCCCCAUGACCGUCUGAUGGGUCUUGAUCUCCCCCACGGUGGUCACUUGUCUCACGGCUACCAGACCCCCUCUCGCAAGAUCUCUGCUGUCUCCACUUACUUCGAGACCUUCCCCUACCGCGUCAACUUGGAGACUGGCCUUAUCGACUAUGACCAGCUCGAGACCAACGCCGAGAUGUACCGUCCCAAGAUCCUCGUCGCCGGUACCUCUGCCUACUGUCGCCUGAUUGACUACAAGCGCAUGCGCCAGAUCGCUGACAAGGUUGGUGCCUACCUCGUCGUUGACAUGGCCCACAUCUCUGGUUUGAUCGCCGCUGGUGUCAUCCCCUCUCCCUUCGAGUACGCCGAUGUUGUUACCACCACCACCCACAAGUCUCUCCGUGGUCCUCGUGGUGCCAUGAUCUUCUUCCGCAAGGGUGUCCGCAGCACCGACAAGACCGGCAAGGAGAUCAUGUACGACCUUGAGGGUCCCAUCAACUUCUCCGUGUUCCCCGGUCACCAAGGUGGCCCCCACAACCACACCAUCACCGCUCUGGCUGUUGCCCUUAAGCAGGCUGCCGCCCCUGAGUUCAAGCAGUACCAGGAGUUGGUCAUCAAGAACGCCAAGGCUCUCGAGAACGAGUUCAAGGCCCUCGGCCACAAGCUCGUUUCCGACGGCACUGACAGCCACAUGGUCCUCGUUGACCUGCGCCCCAAGAGCCUCGACGGUGCUCGCGUGGAGGCUGUGCUCGAGCAGAUCAACAUUGCUUGCAACAAGAACUCCAUCCCCGGUGACAAGUCGGCCCUGACCCCUUGCGGUAUUCGCAUUGGUGCUCCUGCCAUGACUUCCCGUGGUAUGGGUGAGGAUGACUUCAAGCGCAUUGCUGGCUACAUUGACCAGGCCAUCAACCUGUGCACCAAGAUCCAGAGCGAGCUUCCCAAGGAGGCUAACAAGCUGAAGGACUUCAAGGCCAAGGUCGCCUCCGAGAGCGUGCCUGAGAUCUUGGAGCUUCGCAAGGAGAUUGCCGGAUGGGCCAGCACCUACCCUCUCCCCGUUUAA